ACAACCGGAUUUCAGAAAAAUGCUUAAGAAAACUGUUGUUGUCACCAGAAAAAAACAACUCCCUCCAAAAAAAGACGGAGAAAUUGAUCCAAAGCUUUUGGAACUGCUCAUCUGUGCACCAAAGAAGGACUAUGAAAAAAUCUGUGCAGACUUUGGAGUUUUUGACUUUCGCUGGUUGCUGAAGAGACUUAACCAGUUAAAAAAGGAAAGGGCUGAUGAGCAGGCAAAGGUUGUAGAGCAAGUGGACAAUGUGAAACAUAUAGAAGUAAAACCCGAUGGGACAGCUGAAUUUGGCCUUGACAUGACACUACAUGAUCCAAACAGUACGAUUAACUUAUACAAGGAUGGGACAAUGAUUCCAUAUGGUGAUGAUGAAAAUUCAAAGCAUAGCAUGAAAAAAACAGGGACAAAAUAUGUUUUCAGCAUCAAUGAUCCUCAGCCAGAAGAUGCUGGGUUUUACCAGGUUGAUGUUGAAGAGGCAAACGUCCUAACAACUGACUUUCAAGUGCCUGCUGUGGAGUUCAUAGCCAAGAUUAAGGAUGUGAAAGCCUUUGAAAGUGAGGACGCCAUCUUUCAGUGUGUCUUGUCAACACCCCUCAACAGAAUUACCUGGUCAAAACAGGAUUCAUCAUUCGAACAUGGAGACAAGUAUGAGAUAACCGUCUCAGAGGACAAGCUAAUUCACACAUUGAAAGUUAAAGACUGUAGCAUGGCAGAUAAUGGAACUAUAUAUGCAAUUGCUGGGGUAACUCGCAGCAGUGCCUCUCUCAAAGUGGAAGAUCUUGGUGUUCAGUUUGUCAGUGGGCUGUCAGAUACUGUUGCUAAUGUUGGUGAACGGGCAGAGCUGUCUUGCAAACUAAGCAGUGAGACCUCUGAGGGAUGUUGGUAUAAAAAUGGAAAGCUGCUAACCAAUGGGGAUGGGGUAACAAUUAUCAAAGAUGGAGCCUGUCACAGGUUGAUAAUUGACUGUUGCUCAAAAGAUGAUGCAGCUGUUUACCGCUUUGAAGCUGAAGGGCGUAAAUCAGAAGCAACACUUGAUAUUCAAGAUCCGCCAAAAAUUGAUGCUGAUGCGCUAGGAAAAUUCACAAAGCCAGUCAUUAUAAAGGCAGGUGAAAAUGCCGAAUGGAAGCUGCCAUUCUCAGGUGGGGCACCGAUGAAUAUUCAGUGGUACAAGGAUGAUGACGAGCUUUUGCCCGCUCUUAAUGUGAGGAUUGACACAUCGGAUACUGAGAGCAAACUACGCCUUGUUAAGUGUCAAAGGAAAGAUGGUGGAGAUGUCAAAAUAAAAAUAAAAAACGAAUUUGGUACAACUGAGGCAAUUUCCAAACUUAUCGUACUGGGUUAUCCCGGCUCCCCAACAGCACCUAAAGUGGUCAGUGCCUUUAAAGACUGCAUCAAUCUUUCAUGGUGUCCUCCAUGUGACACUGGAGGAACCAAAAUAGUGGGAUACAAUCUGGAAAAGAACAAGAAAGGCACCAAUUACUGGAGCCUUGUAAACCAAGGAGGGCCUAUUGCAGAUACAAAGUAUGCAGUGAAAGAUGUUUUUGAAGGGGCAGCAUAUGAAUUUCGGGUUGCCGCUAUCAACCUAUCAGGUGCUGGAGAUCCAAGUAUUCCAUGUGAAACAGUCAUCGCAAGAGAUCCAAUGAAACCCCCAGGCAAAGUCACAGACCUGAAGUUAACAUCCUCCAAUUAUACCACCUUUUCACUGGCUUGGACUAAACCUAAAGAAAUGAAAGGGGUAGAGGAUGAAGCCCAAGGCUACUACGUGGAGAUCAGGCCAAUAGAAAACCUUGAAUGGACCCGUUGUAAUACCCUCCCAAUUACUCUAACAUCCUACACGGUGCUUGGCUUGAAGGCAAUGGCCACCUACUGGGUGAGAGUAAUUGCCACCAAUUAUGGAGGAGAUGGAGAACCUCAAGGCUUUGACAAUUACAUCAUUGCCAUGCCUCCUCCUGUGAAGCCAAAGUUUAAAGAUGGCAACAUGAAGACCUUUGUGGUCAUAAGAUCUGGAAACACAGUCCGUCUGAACAUAAACUUUGAGGCCUCCCCCUUUCCAGAAAUCUCUUGGCUAAAAGAUGGUAUUCCAUUGCCGAAACAUGUAACUAUUACCAACUCUGAUAAAGGCUCUCAACUGUUAAUCCCCACAUCUGAACGGUCUGACAGUGGCAUCUACACCAUUACUGUUAAGAACAUUGUUGGCCAGGAGAGCUUCAAUGUGGAAAUCAGAGUGACAGAUGAUCCCAGGCCUCCAGGUCCAGUGGAGCUGGAUCAGAACACCCCAGGAACAGUGACUCUGUCCUGGACUUCCUCUCCAGAUGAGAAGAGGGAUGACAGACUACACUACAUGGUAUCCAAGCGGGAUUCCUUCAAACGUGACUGGAGGACAGUGGCAGACAACCUCUUCAACAACAAGUUCACAGUUGUCAAUAUUGUACCUGGACGGGAGUACUACUUCAGAGUAUUUGCUAAAAAUGACAUGGGUCCUUCAGCACCGUCUGUAUCCCCCGUGUUUGGAACCACAAAGGAAAAAGAAAAAUUCCUAGUAAACAUGCCUGAGAAAAAAUCCCUGGACUUCCAGUCACCUCCAUCAUUUCUUAUUCCCCUGAAAAGGCGCACAGCUCCACAGGGUUACGAGUGCUACAUGACCUGUGCAGUUAAAGGUGAUCCAGCUCCACGUGUGACGUGGUACCGCGACAAUAUCAGCCUGAACACAAACACAAACUACCACAUCAGCAAUGUGUGUGGUGUCUGCUCCUUGCUCAUACUAAGAGUGGGAGCCAAAGACAACGGGGAAUUCAAAGUCGUCAUUCAAAACAAACUGGGGAUAGCCGAGUCCUCAAUGACGCUGAAUGUCAGAGGUAUUACCACUUGUACAGUACUUGUAUUUGUACACUUGUAAGGUUUAACGAGCGUACAUUUUUCCUGUAGAGACUGAUGAAACAUUUCAAUGCAGAGUAAGAAAAUAAAACAAGCUGAUACUAUCAAUAUGUCUUUUUUUUUACAGAGUAAAGAAGACCUGCGGCUGCUCGACAGAAGCUAUUUUACGGUGUU